UAGCUGAACAGUUAGAAGAUAACGUCCACAGCCACAUAUCUGAAUUAACCUUGUUCAGAUGACAUUGCUGUGUUAAACAGGUCACACACGAUGUCAAGUUUAUGGUUAGUUAGCUAUAUUUAUUACAUUACUGUUACAGAAACACCAAACCCAAAUUAUUUUAGCUGGGUAGCUAACUGUUUAUUAUUAUGCUAAAUGGGUGUUUUCACACACAUCUGGACACACAGUGAGGUGAAGGCUUUUGGAGGAUGGCUUGGCUUCAAGAAGGGCCACAAAGAUGCCACUUCUCUCCCAGAAAAACAUUAAGGACAGACUGAUAUUCUGCAGGAAGUAGAGGGAUUGGACUGCAGAUGACUGGGGAUCUCCGUCGGCCAUCUUGGGUCCGGGGUUACAGACGGCUUGAGUAUCACCAACCAUGAGCUCACUGCAAAAAGAAGCUGUUGAGGUGCCAUGUCUGGGAAGACCAUUCCAGCUGGGCAUGCUGUAUGAUAUGAGGAGGGAUUGUCUCAUACCAGGCUUGAGCUUAUGGGACAACAAUAAACUUCAGAAACACAAAAAUGUGAUUCCAAAACACUUCACUCAAAUGGAGGUCAGCACUUCAGACAGUUUAGAAGACAAGGCAGCUUCUAUGAACAUAAGUGGCUCCCUAAAGCUCAGUGUUCUGUCUGGAAAAGUAAAUGUAGCAGGAUCAGCUAAAUAUUUCAAUGACAACAAAAAGUCCACUAAACAGUCCAGGAUUACACUGAAAUACCAUGUAAGCACACACUUUGAACACCUCACAAUGGAUCAUUUGGAGCAUAAGAGCUUUCAAUACACUGAGGUGUUUGACAGUGAUCUAGGUACACAUGUGGUCACUGCUGGGUUGUACAGUGCUGAUGCUUUCUUAGUGUUUAAUAGAGAUUUAGAUUCAAAUGAGGAGAAGACUGAGGUAGAAGGAACAUUCAAAGCUGCUCUUAGUAAUCUCGGUAAACUAGGGAAUUUGGAAGGUCAGGCCUCAGUGAAACUGAAUGAGAGUGAGAAGGCAGUGACUGACAAAUUCAGCUGUACUUUCUAUACAGAUUUUAGAUUACCAGCUAAUCCAUUCUCAUUUAAAGGUGCAAUGGACAUAUACAAACAACUUCCAAACAUGCUUGGUGAGAAAGGAGAAAACACAGUUCCACUGAAAGCGUGGCUCUACCCUCUUGCCAAACUGGAUUCAAAAGCAGCAAAAUGUGUCCGUGACAUAAGCAAUAGCCUUAUUACGGCUGUAUCAGAUGUAAUCGAGAGUUUGAACAAUGCAGAAAUUAGAUGCAAUGAUCUUGCAGUAGACACUGCUGCACAAGCGUUUCCUGCUUUCCAUCAAAAGAUUCAAGAGCUGAAGAAAAAAUGCAAUGACUAUAAGCUAGAUCUGCUGAAGAAAGUGGGUUCUCUGCUGCCAUUAAUACGUGGAGGUCAAGAAGAAGAAUGUGAUCUUGUAGACCUCCUCAAGCAUCAUGAGGAGUCUCCUUUCAGUAGCACUGAACUUGACCAGUGGAUAAAGAUCAAACAGGAUGAAGCAGAUGUACUGAAAGCCUUUCUGGAGAAGCUGGAGUGUCCUGUUCGAGAUGUAUAUAAAAGCAUUGGCAAGGUCUUUGCACACACUGAAGAUGUGGUGUGCUUUACUUUCACCUCUCUGGAUGAGUCAGAUCCUUUUCUUGAUUAUCUAACAAACUAUAUAGAUGAAAAGUCUGAAAAGAGACAUAAAGGCAAAAGAGAGAAACCUGAGUCCUGGUUGACUCAAGACGUAGGUCAGAGAAUGAGGAAAACCUUGAAAUUAUUCAAUGGCCUAAAGAGCUCAAGUAAGAGUAACAACACCAAAUUUAUUGUGGUGUCAGAUUAUAACGAGGAGAACCCUGGUGCUUGCAUAAUGUUGUACGGACAUGAAUGUGAUGACACCGUCUGCUUUAUCCCGCCAUCUAAACCCAUCUGCUCAACCACUGGUGCUGUGACUGACAGCAGUGUAACAGUGAAAUUAAGCCCUGCAUGUGAAUCGACAGUGAAGCGAAACCUGGAGUACAAGAUGGAGCAGGAGGAGGAGUGGAAGUGUCAAUCUCUGCACCAUAAAGAAGAUGAAGUCACACUAACAGACCUGAAUGCUGAUGCUGUGUAUGAGAUCAGGUGUGUGGCAGUGGGAGAACUGGAGCAGUUCCCAGUUACCAGUGAUGUCAUCAUUGCUAAAACAUAAGUCUGAAAUUUAUGAAUCACUGCAUCAGUACAUAAAUAUAAAUGAAUGAAUGACUCAAGAAAAACAUUACUGUAGAUUGAAAACACUUCUUGGAUACUAAUCAAGAAGUAGUACAGUAGUAAUUGUCUACUAAAAAAUGAAUAGUUAAAAGUCUUAUCAAGAGCUGUAGCAGGGUUUUGUGGUUUUCACCACCCUGCAUGCACUAGGGUUAAGAUCUAAUGAGGUUAGUGUUAAGGGCCCUGCACAAUUGUUUUUUUUUUUAAUCUGUGAAAAAUAAAUACUUCUGCAAAGAAUGUUAUAUAUUCCAGUUACCUUCCAAUUAUUUUGCCAUUUAAAAGAGUGUUUUGAAUUUUUUUUUUCUUUUGGCCUUUACUGUUCUGCUUUGUGGGUGUGGACGCUAGUGGAUUGAAUGACAGCCUCAGUGUCAAAUGAAACCACCCAGUUAGUUAGUAUGGAGUAGACUGUAAAUCAGAUCACAUCAACACUGCUUUACGUGUCUGAACCUGAAAACGCGAAAGGCUGUUAGGUGUCUUGGUCAACAGCGGAACCCUGCCAUGUUUAAAUACAGGCUAACUGAAUUCUCUGCAUAAAUUAAUGGAUACACCAGUUAAUAUUUUAAGAAUAUAUUUAAAGUGGUAUUUUCUUUGCAUCUCUUAAAAAUUGAUGACUUUUACAUUAAAGCUAUUAGCUAACGUUAGCUAUGAUUAGCUAGUCAGCUAGUUUAUAUAUAUAUAUAUAUAGCCCUGAUUAACCAGAGCUAGCUAUCAGGCUUCAACUAAUCAUGGGGAGACUAAACAUGGGGAAAGUCCAUUAUUAGUCAUUUUUAAAAUGUCAGUGCAUCAUAUCAUGUGAUGUUAUAAAAAUACAUUUGUAGUUUAGCUAAAUUACAUAAAAUUGGCAAAUGUUAGCCUACAGAUUUGGUUAUUCUCUCAUUGCUUGCUAUGUUAUUGAAUAAAGUGUCAAAUGAAACAAUAACUGUUAAUUAGAAAUAGACUUAACAACUUAUUAUCUGCAUUGCCUCCAUGAAAGUGUCAGGAAAGCUGUUGCUUUAAGCUUUACUCGGCUAGGAAAUCUGGAGCUGUGCUGAACCCAGUUUUCAAAUGAAUUUGCAGUAAAAUGCCUGUCACUUCAAUCCCAGAAAGAAAUUUGGGCCAUUUUGGUUUGGUCUCGUUUUCUGGAAUAAAAUGUAAAGAAUAACCUUUCUCCCACUUACAUCCAAAAACCUACCAAGACAACCAAAAUGUUCAAUGCACAUCCCAAGGUGCUUUCACAUUAACUUAUUUGCAAGAGUUUAUAUGUAUAAUAAAUCUAUUUGUCUUUCAUGGGUCCAUUGUGCCAGGUGGUGAGGAGAAAUGUUGAUAUAUGUUUCAUUUCCCAUAGGUAUAAACUCUACAAAAUAGCAGUUUCAGAUGGUGUUCAUUAUGACCUCAAAUACUGUAAUAAACUCAAGUAAUGUCUGA